AUGGGAGAGAACAUCGGGGCGCCUUGUGCCAGGGGCACGCGGGAGAGCUGGGGAGCAACCUUUGGAAGCCUGUGCACAGAGAGCUGGCAGCCGAGAUGGCAGCAGCUGCUGGGCGAGAUCGCCUUCCAGCUUGACCGCCGAAUCGUCCACAGCGUCUUCCCCAACGCGGAUCGCUACCGCGGCUUCAGUGCCGCCACCAUCCCUGAGGGAAUCGUGGAGAUGGUCGAGGAGACGGAGCGGGGAGCUAGCCGUGAUCUGAGCGUGGCCGCAAUCUGGAACUAUGAGUUUGUGAUGAGGCGACUGUGGGCACUGGGCUACGUCCCCGAGGUGCACUUGCCCGCAAUCGAGGCCUUCAUCAACACCUACGGCCGCCUGGAGCGGUCGUACUGGUUCCCGGCCGAGCCAAACGUGGCCUUCCUGCGCCACGUGGUCAGCCAGGAGGUGCCGCCGGAUCUGCGGCCCAACGCCAUGGUGCUGCUCGAGUGCCUGCUGCAGCUGGCACAGGAAGAUGGGCAGCCCCUCUUCUGCUACUGAGCGGCUGUGCCGAGC